UCAGCCUCGGGCGGGGUAAAUCGGUCACAGCGCGGCGGCGGCUCCUGCUCCUGCUCCUGCUCCUGCUCCUCGUCGUGGUCCUGGUGGUCGGAGCCCCAGCCCCAGGCUGGCACCAUGGCCCGACGUGCCCGCGGCAGCCGGGCCUGGCGCUUCGUCCUGAGCGGUGUCCGGCCUGACCCCUGGCCCGCGGCCCUGGCUUCCGGCGCUGCCCCAUGGGGCUACGAUUCCGACGGGCAGCACAGCGACUCGGACUCGGAGACAGAGUUCCCUUCGCCACCCGCCUCCAUCCCCAGCGCGGUGCCCGUGACCGGAGAGUCCUUCUGCGGCUGCGAGAGCCAUGCCGAGCCCCCGCCCUGUUCCGGCCUCCACUCCAGCCUCCACCCCGUCCACCGCGCCGAGGACUGCCGCUGCGGGGAAGAGGACGACCAUUUUGAGUGGGCCUGGGAUGACCUCCACAAGUCCCCCGCCGCGCAGCUGAGCUGCGACAACCGCAAGGUGAACUUCCACACGGAGUACAGCUGCGGCACCGCCGCCGUCCGCGGCACCAAGGAGCUGGCCGACGGCCAGCACUUCUGGGAGAUCAAGAUGACCUCGCCCGUCUACGGCACCGACAUGAUGGUGGGCAUCGGCACGUCGGACGUGAACCUGGACAAAUACGGCCACACGUUCUGCAGCCUCCUGGGCAAGGAUGAGGACAGCUGGGGCCUCUCCUACACAGGGCUCCUCCACCACCAGGGCGACAAGCGGACCUUCUCGUCCCGCUUCGGCCAGGGCUCCAUCAUCGGCGUCCACCUGGACACCUGGCACGGCACGCUCACCUUCUUCAAGAACCGCAAGUGCAUAGGCGUGGCCGCCACCAGGCUGCAGAAGAAGAAGUUCUACCCCAUGGUCUGCUCCACGGCGGCCAAGAGCAGCAUGAAGGUGAUCCGCUCCUGCGCCAGCCUCACCUCCCUGCAGUACCUGUGCUGCCAGCGCCUGCGCCAGUUGCUGCCCGCCCGUGGAGACACGCUGGAGGCACUGCCCCUGCCCCCGGGCCUCAAGCAGGAUUUGGACUACGGGAAAGCCUGGGGGAUUCUGACCUUCGAAGGCCAGAGCGAGAGCGAAGCUAGAGAGGUGGAGCAGGCCAUGUACCACGACUGGCGGCUGGUGCCCAAGCACGAGGAGGAGGCCUUCCGGGCCUCGGGGGCGGGACCCCCGGAGCCGCCCCUCUACCCGGUGCCUCGCUACCUGCCCUACCCGCCCCUCCUGCGCGCCAUCAUCUUGGCCGACCGCCAGAAGCGGGGCCUCGCCGUCCACCCUGAGCCCCUGCUGGAUCUGGAGCACACCGGCCGCUUCCCCCGGGACGCCCCGGGGACGGGCCCGGAGGGCACCCCCGUCUGAGGGGCCCCCGGCCGCGGCCCACCGCCCCACCUGACUCCGGGGAGGAGGGGACGAACAGAAGGGGGGCGGGGAUGUGUGGACGUUGUCAUCCCCUUGGCGGGGACUCUGCUCUCUGCCCCGACAUGUGGUUUGAAUUGUUUCUAUAUAAAGCUUGGAGCGUGGGGACCUGA